AUGAAAAGACUUAGAAAAGGGCAAGCACCAUCAAUAGCCAACAACAAUUCCGAUUCGGAUGAUGAUGGUGGUGUAUUUGCAUCAUCAACUAAAAACAAUCAAAAGCAAUUUACUCCACAACAAGUUUCUAAAGCAAUUAGUAAUAUAACAACAAAACAACAACAACCUAUUGCUGCUAUUAAACCUAAUACAACAACGAGAGUCAUUUCAAAGAAUAAUAAUGAGGAGAGAAGAUUUGAAUCGGAAUCAUCUUCAUCAGAUGAAGAAGAUAGUGAUAUGGAAGAUAGAAGAGCAAGACUCAGAGCUCGUCUUCUUUCCAAACAAAAAGAGGAUGCUAGUUUAAAUUCAUUGGAUGCCAUGCUUCUUGGAGGAGCUUCUAGUACACAUUCAAUGAAUUCAUCCCAAGUGGUGAAAUCUGAAAAAGAUGUGUCAGCUCCUCUAAUUCAAGAAGCCAAGAAUAAGGAAAGGAUGAAUGAAAGUAGUGAUGAUGAAGAUUUGGAAAUUGAUAGAAAAAAACUAAAGGUUGUGAAAAAGGAAGAUCAAUCACCUGUGAAAUCAUCAACUAUUCAACAAUCAACUCAUCAAAAUAUUCCUUCCAAUAAUCAACAACACUCCAUUACUACCCAACAUCACCACAAAAUAGAGAGUAGUGAUAGCUCCAGUAGUAGCAGUGAAGAGGAAGAUAUUAGGCCAGUUUUCAUUUCUAAAAAUAGGAGGUCAACUAUUAAGACUGAUCAAGAAUUGGAGGAAGAAGAAAAUCGACAAUUAGAAUUGGAAAGAAAGAGACAAGAACAAAAACGUGAAAAGAGUGUCAAGCUCUUGGAUAAAGAAUUGGAAAAUGAAGCUAACAGAAAGAAGGCUGUCAAGAUUGAUGAAGAUAUUUUGAGUGUGAAUGAUUCUGAUGAUAUUGAUCCAAAUGGCGAAAUGAUGGCCUGGAUUGAAAGAGAAAUGAAACGUCUCUCGCUCAUUAAACAAACCAGAGACGAAUCUGAUAAGGAAUUACAAAGGAGAGCAAACAAUUCCUCUUUCAAGGAUAGUGCAGAUAAGGAGGGUAAAUCAAAUUCUCAAAACACUGAAAAGCCAAAAUUCAAAACAGGACAAAGAUACUACCACAAGGGUGCCUUCUUUAUGGAUGAUGAGGAAAUUGCUGAGAAGGCAGCCCAAGUUGCUCAUGCACCGACCGGUAAGGAUCAUAUCAAUUAUGACCUACUGCCAAAAUAUUAUCAAACAAAAAAUCCUGGAAGAGCUCGUCAACCUAAGUAUACCAAUCUCAAAGAUCAAGACACUACAGACUUUUCUUCACCAUUCUACAAUUCAGAUAGAAAGAAUAGAGAAAAGAAGUAA